AUGUAUAAUAGUAUAUAAGUUUUAGGAAGUUCUUGAGUGACAAAGAAAAGUAAAUAUUGCUUAAAUAUGUAGCGGAAAAAAGAAGACAAAGAAAAAUCAGAACUAAAAGAUGGAGUAGGAGGGGAAUCGAGAAGAAAUUAUUUAUCAUGUAUUUAUUUGAUUUAUAUAUUAGAAUCUAUAUUUUCCAUAUAACAAAGUACAUUGUGAUAAUUGUGAAAAAGAUAUCACAAAAUAAGCACGAAUUCUAUGCAACGACUGUCCAAAUGCGAUAGAUAUUUGCAUGAAUUGCUUUUUAAAUCUAUAAGAAUUUGGUAUAGAUACUUCUUAUAUUGCAGAAUCUCACUUAAUUAGUCAUUCUUACUCUAUAAUAAAUAAAUUAAAUUUUCCCAUAUUUGUAGAGGAUUGGACAGCUGAAGAAGAAUUAUUAUUGCUAGAAGGAUUAGAAAAGAAGGGAUUUGGUAAUUGGUAAGAUAUAGCUGAGAUGCUUGGUGGAGAAAAAGUAUAAGAAGAAAUUGCACAACAUUAUGAUGAUAUAAUUUUAAGUGGGAAAUUUAGAAAUGUUUGUUUUUAUAUAAUUUAUAUAUUUUUAGAUGCCAUUAUUAUCAAAAAGAAAUCAAGAUACCCUUGAAUUAAUUAAACCAAAAAGAGCAUAAACAGCUCCUAAAAGAUUGAAGGAAGAGUAGAAUAUAACAAAAACUGGUCGUUUAACACCUAAUAUGACUUCAUAGAGUGGUUAAGAAAUAGUAGGAUUUAUGCCUAAAAGAGGAGAUUUUGAUAUUGAAUUUGAUAAUGAUGCAGAACUAUUAUUAGCAGAAAUGGAAUUUAAUGAUGAUGACAAACCAUAUGAAAUUGAAAUGAAGUUAAAAGUUCUUGAUAUUUACAAUAUAAGAUUGGAUGAAAGAAUAAAAAGAAAGAAGUUUGUUAUUGAAAGAGACUUACUUAAUUUAAAGAAAUAGAAUAUCUAAGAUAAAUCUAGAUCAAAAGAGGAGAAAGAAUUACAUAAUUUAAUGAAACCAUUUGCAAGAUUUAAUAAACCAGAAGAUCAUGAAAGAUUAGUUCAGAAUCUUAUAAAAGAAAAAUAACUUAGAGCAAAAAUAGAGGAGUUAAGAUAUUAUAGGAAAUUAGGGAUGAAAACUUUUGAAGAAGUAGAAGAAUAUUUGGCAGAAAAGAGAAAGAGAGAUGAAUAAUAUUAAAGAAGAUAAAAGUAAAAUGAUUCAUUUGUUUAUGAUUCAUAAAAAUAAAGGUUUAUGUAAAGAAGAACUAGAUUUAUUCCAUUAAUGGAAGGACGUGAUAAACAUAAAUCUGGUCCAUCAUUUUGUGAAGAAGAAUACUAAUUAUGUCAAAAAUUAGGAUUAACAGAAUAAGAAUAUUUGAUACUUAAAGAAGUACUUGUAAGAGAAUCAGUCAAAAAUGGAAUUAUUAAGAAAGAUUAGGCACUACAAAACUUCAAAUUAGACAAAGAACGUGUCACAGGAGUUUUUGAUUACUUAGUUGUUAAGGGUUUAAUACAUGAGAAAGAAUGAA